AUGUCCUCAAAACCUAGUUGGUCGCCUUCAUCGUGGACAUCGAAACCAGUUGCACAGGACGUAGAGUAUCCUGACCGCAAAGGACUGUCAAAAGUGCUGUCGAAACUGGAGACCCUACCGCCUCUGGUCACUCCUUCAGAGAUAGAGCGACUGCGCUAUCAACUAAGCCUUGUUCAACGAAAUGAAGCCUUUUUGUUACAUGCUGGCGACUGCGCGGAAAGUUUCGAUGCCUGUACAAAUGAAAACAUUUCUGCCAAGAUCGGUCUCAUCUUGUCAUUCUCGCUCAUUCUCAUCUGGGGUGCACGACUGCCAAUCGUUCGUAUAGGACGCAUUGCAGGCCAAUAUGCCAAACCUAGAAGCAGUAAAACAGAGCAAGUGGGAGAUCGAGAGGUUUUGAGCUUUAGAGGUGACAAUGUCAAUGGGUUAGAUAUAGACGAUAGGACGCCGGAUCCGGAGCGGCUAUUGAGAGCGUAUUUCCAUUCUGCGACAACGCUCAACCACGUUCGUGGACUCCUCACAUCAGGAUUCGCAUCUCUACAUCAACCUCGGGACUGGUCGUUGAGCCACGUCCGUUCACCCUCUCUACGGAAUGAGUUUGAGAGCAUCGUGGAAGAUCUUACAGAUGCUCUUGAUUUCAGUCGAACUAUUGGACAAGAUGCGGGUGCUUCUUUCGAGCUUGGAGGAGCAAAAAAUACGGUUGGAGAAGUGGAUUUCUAUACCAGUCAUGAGGGCUUGAUGUUAGAUUACGAGCAAGCUCUAACCCGCGAGUGCCCCGUCCCCAAGUCCGUCAGCUCUGUACCGAACGAAAAGGCAUACUACAACACAUCUGCUCACUUCUUAUGGAUUGGUGACCGGACGAGGCAGCUAGAUGGCGGACAUGUUGAAUAUUUUCGGGGAAUCAAAAACCCCAUCGGAAUCAAAGUAGGGCCGAGCAUGCAAAGCGACGAACUGGUGAGAUUGUUGGACAUUGUUAACUUGGACAAAGUACCUGGAAGAGUGACGCUAAUCACAAGAUAUGGCGCUGGUAAAGUCGAGAACUACCUCCCUGAGCACAUCAAAGCCGUCAAAUUAUCUCUGCAUCCAGUUGUUUGGAUAUGCGAUCCUAUGCAUGGAAAUACUUUGACAUCCAAUACUGGCCUCAAAACCCGUCAUUUUCGUACCAUCAUCAAUGAACUCACAUCCUGCAUCCGCAUACAUAGCGAAUGCGACUCUCGUCUCGGUGGUGUGAGCUUGGAGUUCACGGGUGAACUGAACGACGAGGGCUUCAGUGUAACGGAAUGUCUCGGGGGAAGUAUGGAACUGAGUGAAGAGCAACUUGGGCUACGAUAUCAGUCUUUCUGCGAUCCUCGGCUCAAUUUUGAGCAAAGUCUUGACGUGGCGUUUUUAAUUUCGAAACAUUACAAGGAUGAGCGUAAAGGAAAGCAGAAGGGAAUGGAAAAAGAUGUUCUUUUCACUGAGUUGUCAGGUAAGCCAAGCUCCUAG